ACCCAUAUUUUAAGGUAAAUAUAUCAUGUUUAUAUUUUAUAUUUGAUAGUAGUUUAGUAUAAAUAUAUUUUAAGGUAAAUGUCUUUGAGAGAGAUAUUGUUAAUUUCAAGAUUGUAUUGAGGCACUUGAUGGAACACAUGUUUGUAUCAAAGUGUCUGAGGAUGCACGAAGAUAUCGAGUUUAAACCUACGGCCAAGAAGUGGAUGACAACACCUAUACCCAGCUACUCUAAGAUGACACAACUUUGGACUAAAGAUAGAGUAAAAGGUGAUCAUGAUGAAAUUGUAAAGGAGAGGCGUGCUGGGUAUGCUGCAUCGACCACUAUUGAUGAGAUUGAUAAUUUGGUAUCUCAAAAUGAAGUUUCUUUGGAGAAUUUUGAAGUCGAAGAUGAUCAGAGGUCACUAGAAAUUAAUGUUGUACGUUCUCGAGUGUCAUCACAAGAUGCAAUGUCUUCUAAAAGCAAGAAAAGAAGACUGGCAGAAGAUGAUAAACUUAGGAAUGUAAUUUCCCAGUCAUUUGAUAUUGUAUCAAUGGAAAUUGAUAGGAUAAUUGAGGUUAUGGCAAAGUGCUUUUCAAAGUCAUAUGGAGCAGAAGUUCAUGUAGCUUUGGGCGUAUUAGACUUGGAUCUAAUAUCAAGGACUAAGACCUACAUAUUUUUUUUAUGGAAAAUCCAACGUAUAAGGAGAUGUUCUUUGGUUGCCCAGAUCAUGAGCACAAAUGUGUCCUAUUGACAUUGAUGUCUAAGCCUAAAAAUUAUAACGUGUGGGAUUUCUUGGCCAACUUUAGAUUUGCUUUAUGUUGUUAUUUUGUU